AGGUGUUGCGCCCUGUUCUGCCUUCCGGGCAGGGAGAGGUACUCAGGGUAUCUGUGCCUUAUGCCGUGAAAUGAUUGACAAGUACCCAGGAAGUUUCUAGUCCACUGGAUGAUUGUAAGACUCACACUAUCGCUAAGAAGAUUCAAGACAAGAGAGAAAAUAAAGUUAAAGAUUAAGCUUAUGACCUUGACAAAGGUCAAAAGGUUUGGUGAAAGAUUUAUGGGACUAAUACCAGUAAAUGUAAACCUUCAACACGGUGUAAAGUGGCAAGAAAGUCUUCCGAGAGAAGAAGGAAUGCCUGUUCGGUCCUGAAUCAGUGGAUGGAGACCAAACCUCUCAGCAAGGCAAAGAGCAAAGUCAGCCUCAUAAGCAAAUGGAUAACCAGUUCCCUUCCAGGAAAGGUCUAUGUUUCUGUUCCUUCCGAUAUGUCUUGGCACUCUUUAUGCAUUCUUGUAACAUCAUAAUAAUUGCACAGCGCAUGUGUCUAAGCCUCACAAUGGUAGCCAUGGUGAACAGCACGAAUCCACAUGGCUCGCCCAACACCUCCACAGAGAAGCGCCUGGAUAAUACAAAGAACCCCGUCUAUAAUUGGAGCCCUGAUAUCCAGGGUAUCAUCUUUAGCUCCAUCUUCUAUGGCGCUUUUAUCAUUCAGAUUCCUGUUGGAUACAUCUCUGGAAUAUACUCUAUAAAGAAAAUGAUUGGCUUUGCAUUAUUUCUGAGUUCUCUGUUCAGCAUAUUGAUCCCGCUAGCUGCUGCAGUCGGAGAAACUUGGAUCAUUGCAUGUAGAGUAGUCCAAGGAAUAACUCAGGGGACAGUCACAACAGCCCAGCAUGAGAUAUGGGUCAAAUGGGCUCCUCCCCUGGAGCGAGGCCGCCUUACCUCUAUGAGUCUAUCAGGGUUUCUGCUGGGUCCGUUCAUCGUCCUGCUUGUAACGGGUAUCAUCUGUGAAUCUCUGGGCUGGCCCAUGGUCUUCUACAUUUUUGGUGCUUGUGGCUGUGCUCUGUGUCUUCUCUGGUGCGUUCUGUUUUAUGAUGAUCCCAAAGACCACCCAUGCGUGAGCCUGCAUGAGAAGGAAUACAUCACGUCCUCCCUCAUCCACCAGGGCAGCUCAACAAGACAAUCUCUGCCCAUCAAGGCUAUGGUUAAGUCUCUUCCACUCUGGGCUGUUUCUGUCUGCUGUUUUGCUUAUUUAUGGACAUACAGCAUGUUGAUUGUAUACACCCCAACGUUGAUCAACUUCAUGCUUCAUGUUGACAUAAGAGAGAACGGGCUGCUGUCCAGCCUCCCCUACUUGUUUGCCUGGAUCUGUGGUGUCAUAGCAGGUCACACAGCAGACUUCCUCUGGUCCAGGAACAUGCUCAGCCUAACUGCCAUUCGAAAACUCUUCACGGCAAUAGGACUUCUCUUGCCUACAGUCUUCAGCAUGUGCCUGCUCUAUCUGAGUUCUGGCUUCUACAGCACCAUCAUUUUUCUCAUACUUGCUAAUGCAAGCAGCAGCUUCUGUUUUGGUGGAGUACUUAUCAAUGCCUUGGAUCUUGCUCCCAGGUAUUAUGUAUUUCUUAAAGGAGUUACAACUUUAAUUGGGAUGACAGGAGGAAUGAUUUCUUCCACCGUGGCUGGAUUAUUCCUUAAUCAGGAUCCAGAAUCUUCCUGGUUUAAAAUCUUCCUCCUGAUGUCCAUCAUUAAUGUGAUAAGCGUGAUUUUCUACCUUAUAUUUGCUCAAGCAGAAAUUCAGGACUGGGCUAAGGAAAAACAACAUACACGGCUCUGAAGUGGAAAAACAAAGGGAGCAGGCGAGCUGAGUAAAUGUAGACAAGCAGGAUACACACUCCUGUGCCAACCAACAGAGAAUGCUUCACAGCAGAGGGGAGAAGGCACAGGAGGAGAAUUAAAGGAUCUCAGCCAGAGGGGAUGAAGUCCAAGCACCAGAGCAGGGGCUGGCCUGGGAUGCAGACCUGGGCUUCUUCAUAAUGAGCUGAGAGAAGGUAGGGUUCAUGUAGUGGGUAAGCACCUACGGUGGCAUUUUAUCUGUAAUAUAAGCCAUGAGGUUUUCACUUAACAGGGAGGAGGUGGAAGAGAAGGAAAUGAAGAAUAUACAUGGGAACUAGGGUAAAUUACCGCCAUGAUUACCCACCUACAAAAUCCAAGUGGGUUGACUAGAAAAUCAUAGCAAUAAGUGAAUACAAUAAGUUUCCUGGAUAACCUAUUAAUUAAAGAAAUAGAUUUUUUUUAUCUUAAGGAAAAAUAACCAGUUAGAAAUUUUACUGAUAGAAAUGAUCCAAAUGAUACUUAGAGAAAAAUUCGCUAGUAUUGCUCAAAAAUUAAACCACUCAGGCCGGCGCCGUGGCUUAACAGGCUAAUCUUCCGCCUUGCGGCGCCGGCACCCCGGGUUCUAGCCCCGGUUGGGGCGCCGGAUUCUAUCCCGGUUGCCCCUCUUCCAGGCCAGCUCUCUGCUAUGGCCCGGGAAGGCAGUGGAGGAUGGCCCAAGUGCUUGGGCCCUGCACCCGCAUGGGAGACCAGGAGGAAGCACCUGGCUCCUGGCUUCGGAUCAGCGAGAUGCGCCGGCCGCAGCGGCCAUUGGAGGG